UAUCAAAUAGCGCUUAAUACUUUUGGCAGUAUUUCGCGACGGUUUAAACUGGAAACUAAAAAAAUAUAUUUACCUUGAAUUCCAGGACACGUCACUGUAUUUCCGAGUGGAGUGCACUGCCAGGUUGAAGAAGGAAUCAGGCUCGGGAAAAUAUGGGCGGGUUUUUUUCCAGUCUCUUCUCCGGCCUCUUUGGCUCCAGAGAGAUGAGGAUCUUGAUCCUGGGACUGGACGGCGCCGGGAAGACCACCAUUCUUUACAGGCUUCAGGUCGGAGAAGUCGUCACCACCAUUCCUACUAUUGGUUUCAACGUGGAGACUGUGACAUACAAGAAUCUGAAAUUUCAAGUGUGGGAUCUCGGGGGUCAGACCAGUAUCAGGCCAUACUGGCGGUGUUAUUACUCCAACACGGAUGCUGUGAUCUACGUGGUGGACAGCAGUGACCGGGACAGGAUGGGAAUUUCCAAGUCAGAGUUGGUGGCAAUGUUGGAGGAAGAGGAACUGAAGAAGGCAAUCCUGGUAGUGUUUGCUAACAAGCAAGACAUGGAACAGGCGAUGACACCUACAGAGGUGGCAAACUCCCUAGGACUCCCAGCACUCAAGGACAGGAAGUGGCAGAUCUUCAAAACGUCGGCAACCAAGGGUACAGGACUGGAUGAGGCCAUGGAGUGGCUUGUGGAAUCGUUGAAGAGCAGGCAGUGAUGUCAGCAGUGACCUUCCGUUACUCGUCCCCCGCCCCCACACCCUGUGUAAAUACUCCUCAGUUACACCCAGCACUCCUCUAUUCCAACCCAGGGAAGAAGUUGCAGCUCCUGUUGCAGAGGGAAGGACAUUACAAUAGCAAGGUGUUGGGAGGUGCACACAGUCUCCAGGUUAAACAGCUGUCCUGGCACUCCAUGUGCUAGUCUUUUGUAUGGGUACUGAUUCCUUUUUAAUUUCCAUGUGCAAGAUUUAUUGAGUUGUGUGGUCAGAUUUCAUUCUUUGCACUGAGGUCUUUGGACUGCAGUUUUGCUAUGUUUUAGUUGACACUAACUGUUUUUGAAUGGUCUUCCACACCUUUUCUGCAUAUUUAUUUAAUCGGCUUUAAAAUGGACUCGUAAAUUUACAUGAAUUCACACUGAAUAAAUCAAAAGGGUUAUUCAGUUUCAAAA